UGUAAGGCAAAAAGAAAAAAAAGCGGGCUCAAAGCUUCCUUUUCUAAAGUACAACAAAAAAUAUAUAGAAUGGCGUUGCGAACCUCGACACGUUUGUUCAACGCGCGUUUGUCAACCCAACGACCCGCCAUCAUGGCCGCCUCGAUGCGUGCCCAAUCCACUUUGAACACGGGUGAAGUCAUUGAAGAUCCCCAAAUUGGCGAUUAUCCCAACUUGCCACGAUGGAGUGCACAAACUCGUGGUCCUUUUGGUUGGUGGGAUCCCCAAGAUAAGCGUAACUUUGGCGAACCGGUUCACGAAGAAGAUGAAUUGAUGGGUGUUUGGGCACCUGAUCUUCAUACAUACAGCCCAUACAAGGCCUUGGCCCAGUUGGGUUUGGCGGGUGGCCUCAUUGCCGGUUUUGCGUACUUUAUUUACAACACGUACCCAGAACCCCCAGCUGCCAAGCGCACGUAUCCUUAUGAUGGAUUGAAGGCCGAGUUAGGAUCGCGUGAUCAUGACGUUAGAACUCGUGGAGCUCGCGCAGAAGAGUAAAACGUUCGAGAAAUAUAUAAGUGCGGAACAUACUUUUGGCUUUGUUGUAAUAAAGAAGAAAAGAAUACAAACUCAUGUGACAUUAGAAAAAAUUUCCAAUUUGCCGUUUUUCCACAUGCGGCAUUACUGUCAAAAAAACUAAAGCGGGGCCGUUCAUCCAGUCGAGUCGCGCUUUUAGAUCCAUCCGUAUAAGAGAGGGUGUAUGGGAAGAGAGUAGUGGUCUUGAAAGAAGUGGGGCACAGAACCC